CUUGAUGAUUUGAAUAGAGAGAGUGAAAUUGAGGUUGAUAAUCCUUUUUAUACUAGAGCACCAGAAUUUCAAUUUGACCUGUCAGUGUUAUGUAAAAACAAAGAACAAAGUUUAAAAUUAAAUGUUGCUGAUGCAUCUACUCAUGAUGAAGUAGCGAUAAAUGUUGCUAAUUAUAGUAAAUUAGAUGAAACUCAAGCCAAAGCAUUAAUAUUUGCUUUAACACGUGAAAUUGCAUUAAUUGAAGGUCCGCCUGGCACCGGUAAAACUGUGGUUGGUGUUGAAAUAAUGAAGGUGUUAUUAGCCAAAGAAAAUCGUAGAACACAAAUUGGUCCUAUUCUCACAAUUUGUUUUACUAAUCAUGCUCUUGAUCAAUUUUUGGAGCAUUUACUUGAUGAAAAUAUUAAAAAUAUAGUAAGAUUAGGUGCUCGAACAAAAUCUGAAAGGAUUAAAGAUUUUAAUUUAGAAGUUCUUAGUAAAAACCAUGCUCAUAAUAAUAAAAUGUCCUAUUUAAUAGCAAAAUUACAUAGUGAAUUAGAAUCUAUUGAAGAUGCUGUUAAUGAUAUGACAAUUAGAAGAUGGAUGAAAUGGGAUGAUAUACGAGAAUAUCUGAUGAUUGAAGAAAACAGUUUUUAUAAAAAAUUUACUCGCGUGACUAGCAGUGAUUUACCUAAGAGCGAUGACGAAUUACAAAUUGAUUAUACAACGCAAUGGAUUGAAGAUUAUAAUGAACCAAAAUCAGAUCGUCCUUUAUCAGUGUUGUUAAAUGAUUAUUCAAUCUGGCAGAUGUCAAUAUCAGAAAGACACAGACUUCACGAUUAUUGGCGUGUAAAGGUCCAUAACGAGUUUGUAGAAAAAUCAUCAAAAUUACAAAAAAGACAUGAGAAAAAACGUAAAGAAUUAAAUAAUAUUUAUGAUAUAGAAAGUCGUCAAAUACUAUUAGAAAGUGAUGUUAUUGGUGUGACUACAAAUGGGGCAGCAAAAUAUCAAGAUUUAAUUAGAUCAAUUGAUCCUAAAAUAAUUAUUUGUGAGGAAGCUGGAGAAGUUUUAGAAGCUCAUAUUCUUAGUGCAUUAACUCCGUCAACUCAACAUUUGAUAUUAAUUGGGGAUCAUAAUCAACUCCGACCUCAUAUUUCAACUUUUUCUCUUGGUAUGGAUUCAAAGACAGGAAGAAAUUAUCAAUUAGAUAAAUCAUUAUUUGAAAGAUUAGUUAACGGCGAUAGGGCCAGUAAGGUUGAGAAAUCUCAACUUUUAACUCAGAGACGUAUGAGAAAGGGGGAGAUCUCUGAUCUUAUUAGAUAUACACUUUAUCCCAAUUUAAUUGAUGGUGAAAAUACGGCAAAAUAUCCGAAUGUAUGUGGGGCCCAACAUAACGUGUAUUUUAUCGACCAUAGGCAUCCGGAAGAUAAUUCUGAUAGUGAUUUGGCAAUACAAUCUCAUGUGAAUACAUAUGAAGUAAAAAUGGUAGUAGAGAUGGUAAAAUACUUUGUUAGGAAUGGAUAUACUAAACCAGAAGAUAUAGCUGUACUUACUCCUUAUCUAGGACAAAUGAUGAAAAUUAAAGAGGCUUUGGCUAAAUCAUUCGUUGUUGUUAUUGAUGAAAGAGAUGCACAAAAUAUUAUUGAAAUGGAAGAAGAACAAAAAGAAAAUGAGAGUAAUAAGAAAGGAAAAGAUAGUAUCGUUAAAAAUACAAAUGUUGCUACAACAAAAUCAUUAAAUCAUCAAGUAACUUUAAGAACAGUUGAUAAUUUUCAAGGUGAAGAAGCGAAUAUAGUUAUUGUCUCGUUGGUUCGCAAUGUUUCUAAAUCUGGUGAUUAUGAUUCUAUCGGAUUCCUCAAAAGUUCAAAUAGAAGUAAUGUGUUGUUAUCACGUGCCCGUGAAGGAAUGUAUCUCAUUGGUAAUUCUGAAAUGAUGGCGACGAAAUCUGAAGAUGUAUGGGCUCCUGUAAUUAAUAUGUUAAAAACACGAAACCCUCCACAAAUUGGUUUUGGUAUGCCAAUUGUAUGUAAUCAACAUCCUGAUUACAAGAAUAUUAUUACUGAGUCGGAACAAUUUGAACGAUUUAGUCCAGAUGGAGGAUGCUAUAAAAAAUGUCAAUUUAUGCUUAAUUGUGGGCACGCGUGUACUUAUAAAUGUCAUUCCGACGAUCCUAAACAUAUUGGAAUCAAAUGCUUUCAACCUUGUCGAAAAUUACAACCAGAUUGUAGUCAUCCAUGUCCAAAACAAUGCUUUGAAACUUGCGGAAGGUGUAAUCAUCUUAUUGGUAAAGUUAAAUUGCCUUGUAAUCAUGAGAUACAAAAUGGUAGAUGUUGGCAAAAUCAAGAUAAAGAAACACUCUAUUGUAAAGAAUUGGUUACAAAAAAACUACUAAACUGCGAACACUAUAAAGAAAUUCGAGUACGUAAUUUUUUAUAUACUUCCGUUAAGAAUGUUGAGUGUAGGGAAAAAUGCAAAGAACUAUUGAAGUGCGGACACGAGUGUUUAAAUGAGUGUUCUGAAUGUCAAAAAUAUUCCAUAUUACCUGAAAAUUCUAAAAAUGAAAACAAAGUCGAAAAUAUAAAAGAAUUUAAACGAAACCAGCAUGGAAAAUGUAAGCAUAUAUGUGAAAGAUUAUUAUUUUGUGGACAUAUAUGUAAACAAUAUUGUCAUGAAGGAAAUGAUUGUCCACCAUGUGAGAAUAAAUGUACUGUAUCAUGUGAACAUGCAGCAUGCAAUAAAAAUUGCGCUGAACCUUGUGUUGUAUGUGCAGAGAAAUGCUUAUGGAAAUGCAAGCAUCAAGGAAAAUGUGAGUUAAGCUGUGGUGCACCUUGUUAUAGACUACCUUGUAAUAAAAGAUGUGACAAGAAAUUUGAAUGUGGACACAGAUGUGCUGGAAUUUGUGGUGAAACUUGUCCUUCAAACGAUUUUUGUGUCAACUGUGCUUCUGAGAAGGUUAAGGAUCAGGUACCAGAUGUGAUAAUGGGUACUAAGUUUAGUGAGAUAGACUGGAAUGAAGAAAGAAUGGUUGUUCUAUCUUGUGGUCAUGUUUAUACCAUGGAAACAAUGGACAUGCUUGUGAAAAUGGAAGAAUAUUAUGAAGGUUCAAUUGAAAGAGGAUGGACAUCAAUUAAAGCACUUCCAACCUCAUCAAAGGAUAUAAUAAAAUGUCCUGCAUGUAGAGCGCCAGUUAAAAAUAUCAGGAGGUAUGGGAGAAUAAUUAACAAGUACACUUUGGAUGUACAAAACAAAAAAUUCCUAAAUAAAUAUAGUCAUGAACUAAAUGAAAUCACUAAGCAAGUUAUUAUUCACGAAGAAGAAAUGAGAAAU